GGGAGGAUGGAGAGCCCGAACGAGGCUGCGCUGCUAGCGCUGAUGGAGAGCACGGGAUACAGCAUGGUACAGGAGAAUGGACAGAGGAAGUUCGGUGGCCCGCCUCCAGGUUGGGAUGGCCCUCCUCCCCCACGAGGGUGUGAGGUGUUUGUAGGUAAGAUCCCUAGGGACAUGUAUGAGGAUGAGUUGGUGCCAGUGUUUGAGAGAGCUGGGAGAAUCUAUGAGUUCAGACUGAUGAUGGAGUUUAGUGGAGAGAACCGGGGCUACGCUUUUGUCAUGUACACUACCAGAGAGGCAGCUCAGAGAUCCAUCCAUCUCCUAGACAACCAUGAGAUCAGACCAGGGAAGUUUAUAGGAGUAUGUGUCAGUCUGGACAACUGUAGAUUGUUCAUAGGGUCCAUACCCAAAGACAAGACGAAGGAGGAAAUAGUAGUGGAGAUGAGGAAGGUAACAGAAGGAGUGGUAGAUGUCAUAGUGUACCCCAGCGCUACAGACAAGACUAAGAACAGAGGGUUUGCCUUCGUUGAGUACGACUCUCACAAAGCAGCAGCCAUGGCACGGAGGAAACUAAUACCAGGUACGUUCCAGCUGUGGGGUCACACUAUCCAGGUGGACUGGGCUGAACCAGAGAAGGAUGUUGACGAGGAGACCAUGCUACGUGUCAGAGUGCUCUACGUCAGAAACCUGAUGAUGACGACUACUGAAGAUACACUGCGACAGGAGUUCUCUAGAUUCAAACCUGGCACUGUGGAGAGAGUCAAGAAAUUGACAGACUAUGCGUUUGUCCACUACCACUCCCGUGAGGACGCAGUGACGGCUUUACACCUGAUGAACGGAGCGCUGAUCGACGGAGCCACCAUCGAGGUCACCCUCGCCAAGCCUGUCAGUAAAGAGGGCGGGCGACGGUUCGGUAACCGUGGUUAUGUCGGUAACAGUAACCUCGUGGGUCCCUACGGCGAUGUGUCCUCCACCGGGAGUUUUCUCUUCCAGGGACGUGAGGAUGGAGGCAUGAUGGGAGGAGGAGGAGGAGGGAUGGAGGUAGGGACUCCUCUACGACCUCUCAGCCUGCCACCUCGCCUGGGGAGUCUCUACGUUGGAACAGGAACAGGGGAUGUGGAGAGGUGUGUGUAUCCCAUCUUCGCUGGCUCCAGUCUCUCCCCCGCCAGCCUGCUGUCACUCAAACCAGGUCAGUUUAGUUCAGCGGUAACUCUACUAGAGUACUACUGCCUAAAGAACAGCUGGGCUCUACCUGAAUACUAUCUCUACUCCACACCGGGACAAGAGGGCAAGCUAAUGCUCAUAUACAAGGUCGUGAUCUUGUCGACGAGGAGUAGCUUCAUGCCAGACAAGGUGUGUACGGUGUUGGAGGACGCUAAGGAGCUGGCAGCCCAGAAUGCACUCUGGAACCUGGACUGUUCCUUCCUCAACGGUAGUUCCCCCGGUUCGCUCUCUCCUCCUCUUCCUCCCGUCUCCUACGGUUCUCUCUCUCCUCCUCCUGUCUCCAACAGCCCCGGGCUCCUCUCAUACGCCUGUACCAGAGCCUUCCCCUACCCUCUCUCUCCCACCACUCCACAGAGACUCUAUAUCCCCUCUAACCAGAACCCUGCCUUCUUCUGA